GCCAGCCUGCGGCUUGAUGUCGCUGAAGGGGCGUAUGCCGACCUUGGUGGUUACCAUGCUGUUGUUGCUGGAAAGCCCGAUGAAAGUGAAUUGUGGAAACGGGUCAUCGCAGCUGAUCCAGAUGAAAUGAUGCCACCUGCCGAUUUUGGCAAACCCCUUUCAAAUGAACAGAAGGCCAUCCUCAAACGCUGGAUCGAACAGGGAGCUGAGUAUCAACAGCACUGGUCAUUCAUCGCACCGCAUAAACCCCAAGUUCCAGAUGUCGUAGGAGUAACAAAUCCCAUCGAUGCAUUUCUGCAAAAGCGGCUUCAAGCAGAAGGGCUCGUAGCUGCUCAUCAGGCAGAAAAAACGACUCUGAUUCGUCGGGUGACACUCGACUUGACAGGACUCCCCCCAACGAUUGCAGAAGUCGAUGCGUUCCUUGGGGACGAAUCACCAGAUGCUUACGAGAAACUUGUAGAACGGCUCCAGAAUCGUGUGACCUAUGGUGAGCAUAUGGCUCGCUCCUGGCUCGAUCUGGCUCGUUAUGCCGACACACAUGGGUUGCACCUCGACAACGAACGCUCGAUGUGGCCUUACCGCGACUGGGUCGUGCAGGCAAUCAAUGACAACCUGCCGUUUGAUGAAUUUACACGUUGGCAGUUGGCUGGUGACUUACUGCCAGACCCGACUCGUGAGCAACUCAUUGCCUCCGGGUUCAAUAGGUGUAACGUCACCACCAGCGAAGGGGGCAGCAUCGCAGAGGAAUGGAUUUACCGUUAUGCCGUUGAUCGCACGACGACAGCGAUUGAAGUCUGGAUGGGACUGACUGGUGGUUGUGCGGUCUGUCACGACCACAAAUUUGACCCAUUGUCAGCACGCGACUAUUACUCGAUGUAUGCCUUCUUCCACAGUGCUGCCGACCCGGCGAUGGAUGGAAACCAGAUUGAUACUCCACCGAUUUUGAAGCUGACGCGACCUGAAGACGAAUUGCAGUUGAAGGAACUGGAUCAGAAGAUCGCUGAAGUCGAAAACCGCAUUACAGAACUCGUGGAGGCUUACGAAUAUACAGAUCCAGUGACACAGUCUCCGCAGCCGACCGAACGGAUCGUUGAAUCGGUCUGGUUUGAGGAUCAAUUUCCUGCCGGUUCCAACCCUGAAGCAACAGGAGCACCACUCCAGAUCGUUUCAAAACCAGAUGGCAAUGUCUUCAGUGGCAAGAGUGCGAUAUCUCGUUCUGCUCCGAAUGCAAUUGGUCAGGACUUUUUCCAGGGAGGAGCAGAAUUUACGGUUCCUAAGAAUUCACAAAUUUUCGCUUGGUGUUUCCUCGAUCCCGAUGAUCCGCCCCAGACGAUCAUGCUCCAGUUCCACGUUGAUGGAUGGAAUCGUCGGGCCGUUUGGGGAAAUGCAGAUCUCAUUCCGUGGGGCAAACCGGAGACUGCUGAGAAGUUCUACAUGGGUGAGUUGCCCGCAGUCGGAGAAUGGGCCCGCCUGCAACUUGACCCUGCAAAGCUGAAUCUGAAACCAGGAACGAAGAUCGGCGGCUAUGCCUUCACACAGUAUGGAGGAACUGUGAACUGGGAUCGCCUCGGUGUGACCGCAACAGUCAAUCCGACAACUGAUCCUGCCUGGUCCUUUACUGUCUGGAAAGAGCAGAAUCAGGGAAAACGGAACAACGCCCUUCCCGAAGGUCUCAGACAGCUUGUUAGAGGGAAGAAAGCCGAACAGUGGACAGAGCAGGAAGCUGACCAGGUUUUUCACUUCUGGUUGAGAACGUUUUUUGACGGUCUGCGCGAAGAAAUCGUAUUGCUGGAGGACGAAAAGGCACCGUUCGAUAAAGAAAAGAGCGACAUCGAAAAAGCGGCACCAAUCACGAUGAUCAUGGCUGACCUUCCCCAACCUCGCAAAAGCUUCGUCAUGUUACGUGGAGCCUAUGAUCGACCAGGUGAACAAGUGACUCGGGGAGUUCCAGGUUUUCUUCCCCCUCUGCCAGAGAAGCCAACUGAUCGGGAUUACAACCGUCUCGAUCUUGCGAAUUGGCUCGUCAGCCGUAAUCACCCCCUGACAGCACGCGUCACUGUCAAUCGUCUCUGGCAGCAGUUUUUCGGCACCGGACUGGUGAAGACCAGUUGGGACUUCGGGUCUCAAGGCGAUCCACCCAGCCAUCCAGAAUUGCUGGACUGGCUCGCUGUCCAACUGAUCGAUGAUGGCUGGGACAUGAAGAAAUUCAUCCGACGGAUUGUCACCAGCCAUGCUUACCGGCAAAGAGUGAAGCCGUAUCAGCCACCGAAUAUCUGGGAGCCUGUCGGCUUCGGCAGUAGUAAUACACGUUAUUACAAGCAGGACUCUGGUGAUGGGCUCUACCGUCGCAGCCUGUAUACCUUUCUAAAGAGGACGGCGCCCCCACCAUUCCUGGCCAGCUUUGAUGCUCCGAAUCGUGAGCAAAGUUGUGCCCGGCGUGGCCGCAGCAAUACUCCCUUACAAGCCCUGCAAUUGAUGAACGAUAUCCAGCAUGUCGAAGCGGCACGGGAGUUUGCAUCGCGUAUUCUCAAAGAAGGGGGAGCCUCCGAUGAGCAACGGCUCCGGUGGGCGUGGCGAACAGUUACAAGUCGUCCCCCGGAUGAUGCAGAACUUACGAUUGUUGUUCGCACUCUCGAGCUCUACCGUGCUCGUUAUCAAGCAGACCAAGAGAGUGCAGUUCAACUGAUCGCAUAUGGAGAGAGUACUGCCGAUCCAAACCUCGCAGCGACAGAACUAGCUGCGUACACACUGAUUGCCAAUAUGAUUCUGAAUCUCGACGAAACAGUGAGCAAAAACUGA